AACGGUUAAAAUGACGCCACUAUCCUCGAUAGUCGAUAGGAUACCUUGGUAAACCUCAAGUUGAAAUACUAGUAAGCUGAGCUCAAUCUCCUGCGGCUCGAUCUGCCUCUCACCGCCGACGCCAUGACCGACCGUGACCGAGUUCGCGAUCGAGACCGAGAUAGGGACCGCGAAAGAGAAAGAGACAAGGAUAGAUACAAUAGAGACAGGGAGCGAGAUAGAGAUCGAAAAAGAGACCGUGAUGAACGCGACCGCGACCGCGACCGAGACCGGAAAGAAGGGGAGCGCAGCAAGCGGUCUCCUUCUCCUUCCCGUUCGCGUUCGUAUACACCCGACCGUGUCAGAUCCCGGAGAGCCCGUUCCCGCACUGGCUCCCCGUCAACCGACCGCCACCGUCACCGCCAUCGUUCACCGUCUCGUUCGCGCUCUCCUGACCGUCACCACCGAAACCGGAAUCACCACCGCCACCGCACUCCUUCCCCCGAAAGCCCUCCCAGAAAACGCCACAAGGAGGAGGGUGAAAAGGAUAGGGAUAGGCAGCGGGACAGGCAGAGGGCUGUUUCGGAUUUCGUUGAUGGAAUUGCCAAGGAGCAGAAGCAGAAGCAGGAUGGAGAGGGCGGCGCAGCUGCGGAAGGGGGUGCAGAGAUGAUUGAUGAGGACGAGCUUGAGAUGAUGAAGAAAUUGGGUAUUCCUGUAGGGUUUGAUUCGACUAAGGGAAAGCCUGUUUCUGGGAACGAUGUGGGCGCUGUGAGGAAAGUGACCAAAAGGCAGCCUCGACAGUACAUGAACCGGCGUGGAGGGUUCAAUCGACCCUUGCCUGCUGAAGUCAAUCGCUAAUACUCAGCUAGGGUCAGUCAAUUGAGCUUUGGACAGACACCUUUGAGAGAAGUGUAAGAUUUGAUGAAUUUAGUUGGUGGAGGUGGUUGUAUUUGUACUAUAUUUUCCUUCAACACCAUCCACUGCUUACUUUGGUCAAUCAUGAGCAGAUAUUGCAUUCCAUUCUGCCCAGCCCAUAUUCUUAUAUCAUCUGGAUUGUCGUUUGCUUUAUAUAAUGUGCUCCUUAAAAUACUCUGCAAUGGAUUAGACUUGACUUGUUCUCCUUAAAAUACUCUGCAAUGGAUUAGACUUGACUUGUUCUUCCCUACGCAACCACAUUGUUAGCA